GGGCCGAGACGGCGCGUGGCCCCAGCAGUGCGGCGGCGGGGACCGGGACCGGGGGCAGCGUCACGGGACCAAGGGAGCAGCAGAGCCCCGAGCCGGCUGGGAGCGUCGCCCGACGCCCAGGCUUGGUGCGGCCGAGCCCGGCGGCCUCAGAGCGGGCCCCGGGGCCGGGGCGGCGGGCGCGCCAUGGCGAAGGGCGGCUGCGUGAACGGCCGCAAGAGGCCCCGCGGCGGCGGCGGGGACGUGGAGGAGCUGCAGGGCGCCCGGAAGAGGAGGAGGCUGGAGGGCGGCGGCGGCGGCGGCCCCAGUGGGCCCAGGCCAAAGGAAAAGUCAUCACGCUUGUCUGCAGCAUUAUUUGGUGAGGACUGUGAAAUCAGCCAUGACCAGGUGUAUGAGUUGUUAAAGUAUGCAGCUUUGGGAAAAUGCCACAAUGCAGCACAACCCAGCUGGUGCCGUAUUUAUCACCAACGCUACCUGGCUGGGGUUGUGGUUAUUGUUCUGCAUGAAAUGAGCCAACUCCAUUUCUACAAAUUCUAUUUACAGUUCAAACACCUCAGAAAAGUGUUCCGGCAUAGAUUCACAUUACCACCUUCUUCAGCCAACUUCCUAGCCAGCCUGUAUGGAGAAGAAGCAAACGUGAAUCCUCAGAGCACUGCACAAGGUUUGACUUCCACUGGCAGCCAUUAUAUUCCUAACAGCUCAGAUUUGCAGUGGGAUCCUGUUAUCCAGAAAUAUGGAGAAGAAAAGCGAGGCCUGACUAGCUAUACUUUAACUUCAGAAGAGCUGAAAAAAAAUGAUUAUCCCAUGAAAGGCUCCCCUGGGUGUGAGAACUAUGUGUACACAGAGUGUGAUGAGCAGAGGACAGACAGCAGUCCCCUCUUUGGUCUCGAUUGUGAAAUGUGCCUGACGGCAAAAGGAAACGAAGUCACUCGUGUCUCCUUAGUGGAUGCGCAGGGUCAGUGCCUCUUGAAUGAACUAGUCAAACCUGAAAACAGAAUAGUGAACUACCGCACCAGAUUCUCAGGAAUCACAAGGAAAAUUCUUCUUCCAGUGAAAACAAAACUGGCAGACAUUCAAACUAGACUAAAAAAAUUGCUUCCUCGUGAUGCAGUAUUGGUGGGUCAUUCUUUAAAUGCUGAUCUUCAAGCCUUGCAAAUGAUCCACCCCAGUGUUAUUGAUACUUCAUUGCUUUUUGCCAGAAAUGAAGGGCGAAGAUUUAAGCUAAAAUUUCUAGCCAAAGCUGUUUUAGGGAAAGAGAUCCAAUGUGAACAGAAGCUUGGACACGAUCCUGCAGAAGAUGCUAGAGCUGCACUGGAAUUGGCACAAUUCUUUAUUGAGCAGGGACCAGCAAAGGUAGCAGAGCUAAACUUGGAGAUGCUUCUGACAACCGAAAGACUGACUGAGGUAUCACAAAAUAAAUCUGCAUUACAGCUGCAACAAAAUACAAUCCAGAAGCAAUUGAAUGAUCCUCCACGUUUAUCCAAACCAUGUUUUUUAGACUGCUUGCAGAUGACUGGCCAAAAACCCCUCCUUUUGGGCAGACAGGAACUAGACUCUUCUGGCUUGUGUCAGAGUAACCUGAGCACUUCAAACAAACAGAUUCUCCAGAGAGCCCUAAAGGAUGUUCCCCUGUCCACUUUCAGUAUCAUUCAAUUCAAUUUGGAUCCAGAGUAUGUUGCACCUCACCUUCUUGCUGGAAUUUGUGAAAAGGUGAGAAACAAGCUGACUGACAUGCUGACAAUUUACGCAGGUCCUUUUGAUGAAAGCUUUUGCCUGAAGUCAGUGAAGAAAGAAUUUGCGAGGUGCGGACCAAUCCGAUCUCUUACAGUAGUGACCGAAACAUACCAGCCCUAUGUCUGCAUCCAGUACGAAGUGCUGGAGGCUGCCCAACUUGCUGUGGAAAGUCUGAAUGGAGCUGAAGUAGCAGGAUCCUGCAUUAAGGUUCAGAGACCUGUCACUGGAACGAUGCUGGACUGUGAUGUUCUCAUAACAGAGCUAGAAUUAGAUAUAGAAAAUGAAGCUGUGAUUUAUGUGGCAGGUCUAAAGAAGUCAUUCACAGAGACAGACUUGCAAGAAGAAUUCAGCCAGUUGAAAGACCUAGAAGCUUUGUUCCUGCCAAGGGAUCUCCAGAGUGGAAAGCACAGGAACUGCUGUUUUCUCAAAUUCCAAAAAUCCGAAAGUGCUGUGGAUGCCCUUGAAGUUAUAAAUGGAUGGGCAGUGAAAGGCAGCAGGCUAAGAAGCAGGAAGGCUCUUGCUCCAGGUCACCUCUGGAGAUGGAUUUGGCAAAUGGAUCACAGCAAUGGGAAGCAAAGAGGAGACAUCUUAUGUGAGGAAAAGGAGCAGCAAUCUGACUCUGAGCUAAGGAAAAAGCUGAAGACACUAGACCAGCAUAUCCGAAAGCUUUAUAGAAGUCUGCAGAAUAACACCCUGUGCAUUGUUCUCUUUCCUGGGGUGAACAGGUCGACAUUUGCAACUUUUGUGAAUAAAGCAGCCUCUGUUGGGGAAGAGUUUUUACCCCGUAACAGCACCAGCAGAAGUCUCACCCUGAACGCUUUGGUCUGCCUCGCUCACCAAAUCAGAACGCGGCACGGCUGCCAAACAGUGCUUGUGCCCUGGCAGCUGCGAAGGUUACAGUAGCACGGACAAAGCUAUGGUGUUUUUACCUGUAAGAAACGAAGAUCAGGGCUCCUCUCCUGCAAAGGACAAACUCACCUGUGUCUAGAACAACUGCAUUUGUUUUCCACAGCUUAACACAUCUCCCAACACAACAGUUUGCAGGAGCAGCAUGGAUCAAACUCUCCUUUUACCAGGUGAAAGAGAUGCCAUUUGAGACUUGUGGAUUUUUUUUUCUAAUAAUUUUAGAUACCCACGUUUUGUUAGUGAUUUGUCUUAGACCCAAGCUACCGCAUAGGCUGUGUGCCAGCAAAGCUGAUUAACAAAUUCAGGCCAAUAUUUCUAUCGCUGCUAACCCUCCCGGGGCACAGCAGAUUUGCAAAGCACACCAUCUUGAGUCUAAUGACAAGCUCUACUUAAAAUAUGCUUUCCUUUAGCUUUAAAACCUUCAUACAGCACAAAAGCCAUUAGAUGCUAUGGACAAUUAUUCAGUGUUUUUGUUUUGUUUUUUAAUUGAAGUCCUUUUAUGAUCCUGAAAUGCAGCUCUGAAAAUAAAGAUGUGCAAUGGAAGCGUAUCAAAUUCACUAAGCCAAUGUUUAGCUUAAGAGAAAGCCUUGGCAAUCAUCCCUUUUACCAAAAAGGUGUAAAAAAGUUGACAUACUAAAAUUAAAAAAAAAAGGUAGCAUCAAUAACCAAAAAAGUUUCAACCAGUGUUAAUAAAACUCCCUUUAAAUCACAACAAUUUCAACAGGCAAAUAGUCCCAAUACAAGCAUUUUAAAAUAAUAAAUCGACUCCUAUCCAAAUAUUUACCAGAUCAGUCCAAAAAUGACGCAUCUACACUUUCGUCAUUAAGAACAUCUUAAGAAUUCACUUUGUCAUCAGAUGCCAAUAUUGUUGCUCCAGAAAGUCUGGAGUAUUAACUGCAAUUUAGCAAUUAAACACUGGUUUAAAAAUUGUUUUGUCGAUAU